GGAUUUGCUCCUCUCCCCCUCCCUUCCUACGGGGCUGGCUUCCCCGCCGCCACUAUUUAUGCAUCGCGUUAUCGGUUCCUGAAGAUCUGCAGCAGAGAGGUUUGUGUAAACUGCCGAGGAGAUUCCAGCCCGAGCGCGGUAACCGGUUCCUGCGCCGCUCUUCCCGUCAGACGGGUUUGUUUGACUUCCCCCGGGAGGGCUGGAGAGGGUGGCACGGGGCUUAUCGCUGGCGCCAGAAGGUGUUUCUGCCCAGAGGGCGGCCGUGCCCACGGCCAGUUCCUUGUUUGUCAGGCUGGGGCAUUUAUUGUCCUUGCACACCGACGAGCAGGGUGCUGCUGCUCAGGAGGAACGCGUGUUGGGCCCCUGCAGGAUGGCAAAUCCCCGCUGCUGACUCCGUGGCCUAGGGUGCCUCCAGGAGCUCAUGCUGGCGGUGGUGCCGGGCCAUCCCCAGCACCAUCAUGGUGCCAGCCUUUCACGCCUCGCCGUCCCACCUCUUCGCAGGGAUCACAGCCACAAACGCUGCGGUGACCUCAGCUCUCCCCACCUCCCUGACGCCUGUGGGGACUCCAACGCUGCUGCCCACCACCGCUGCCUCCACCGACACAGCCUCCCUGCCUACCUCCAGCCCUGAAACAGGAGCCUCCACCCCAGAGAUGUCCAGCAUGCCGAUGGAUGCCUUCAUGAGCAGCGCUGUGCCGACCUGGGGCAGCAGCCUGGCAGCCCCCAGCAGCCCCCCGUCGGAGGUGGGGGACAGUGUGGGUUCUCCUGCCAGCACCACGCUGCUCCCUUAUGCCACCAGCACACGGCCGGGGCUCACCGCCGCCACCACCACCGCCACCACACCUCCAAGCCCAACCUCCGCAGCCACGACACCCACCUGGUCUGAGGCGGCAGCUGGCAUGUCAGCGGGGACCAGCGCGUCCCCAGCUCCGAGCAUCACCUCGGCAGGAACUGCGAGCAGCGCGCUGCCCCCCCUUCACUCCACAUCUCUCCCCUCUACCUCGCUGGGCACCGCGCUUGGCGCAAGCGCCAGCAAAGGGCCAGCUGUAACCACACCGCUCAGCAUCACGCCCCCGGGGAGCGGCAGUCCCUCUCUUCCCACCGCACCAACCUCUACAACCCCCCUGGACACCACAACCGACACCACAACCCCCUCGCACCCCAGCACAGGGGUCCCCAGGAGCACCCCAACUCCCAGCCAGCCACCAGGGACCGCCACCGGGACCGUGGGGACAUCCCCGGACACCCCCCAGAGCCCUGGUGCCACCACAGAGACCACGGCGCUGCAGCCCACCACCGCCUCCACCGGCACAGCCUCCGCUCCUCCCUCCAGCCCUGAAACAGGAGCCUCCACUCCAGAGACACCCGGCACACCCCCGGGGAGCAGCAGUCCCUCUCUUCCCACCGUAGCCCCACACACAGCUGCACCAGCCGAGCCCUCGACAGCCCCUCAGGACACCACAGCCCCCUCCCACACCAGCACAGGGGUGCCCGGGAGCACCCCAACUCCCAGCCAGCCACUGGGGACCACAGAUGGGACCAGCCCUGGUACCUCCACCCUGACCACGGGGACAACCCCGGACACCCAGGCGUCACCCCAGAGCCCCGGUGCCACCACAGGCACGGAGCCUUCCUCCCCUGCCACCAACUCAACCCAGAGCCCAAACAACACCUCCAGCACCUCCACAGCCCUGCCGAUGGCACAGCCCGCCUGCCCCGGCAUCAUGAGCCCAGUCAGGGAGUCCCACAUCUUCCUGUCGAUGCGUCUGGCCAGCCCCCUGGGCCUCGGGAACACAAAUGUGCAGGACCUGAUCGUGUCCGAGCUCCAACACAGGCUGCAGGUCAGGUUCCCGCACGCCAACUUCACGAUGCAGUGGAGAGGGAAGAAACCCUGAGCGCUGCCCCUCGCCCGCCGAGGUCCUGCUGGGCAGGGACCCGAGCCAGCCCCCAGCCUCCUGCUCGCCGCUCCUCGUCCCCCACCGCUGUGUCCCUCGGGGGCGAUCUGCACGGAUCCUGCUGAACCUGGGUCCCCCGGGACCCCCGGUGCCCGCCUGCACCCCUCUUGCCUGCCUCCCCGCAGCCUCACUGCAUCCCACCCCACGCUGCAGCCCCCCAGCCACCCGUGGCACUGAGGAAGACGAGGAAGGAGCCCCUGCAGCCCGUUGUCAGCCCGUGUGCUCCGAAAUAAGCAGAUUUCAGGACCUGGCUGGCUGCGGGGGCACAGCCGGGGGGGGCCCAUGUCAGUGCUCUGCUCCCCCACCGGCUGGUGGGGCAGCUGCGUGCACCGUGGGGCUGUGGAAAUCCCGUGGGCUGAAAUCCUUCCCUGGUUUUUUUCCAGUCCCCGGCUAAGGAGACGGCCGCAGCAUCUAUCCCCCUGCAGCAAAGUCAUUUAUUAACUGAUUAAUUAGCCAGAUAAAAUCAGGCCGAAGCAGUUAUUACCCUAAGCAAGUCACCUCGCGGAGAGAUUAAAAAGUGAAAUAAUUACCAAAA